AUGGGAUGGUAUAGAGCUGCUUCUGGCAUUGUGAAGCAUUCAAUUAGGAGAAACCUUCAUCGAGGUGGAUCCCUUUGUUACGCGACAAGGAACAUAGUCCUUUCAUCAACAAGUAGAAACUUUCAGACAACAGUUUUCAAAUCCAAAGCACAAACUGCACCUGCACCUCGCCCCGUGUCGCUGUCUAGUUUAACUGACAAUUUCUUAGAUGGCACGAGCAGCGUCUAUUUGGAGGAGCUUCAAAGAGCUUGGGAAGCUGAUCCAAACAGUGUAGACGAGUCUUGGGACAAUUUCUUCAGGAAAUUUGUAGGUCAGGCUUCCACCUCCCCGGGAAUUUCUGGCCAAACGAUUCAGGAGAGUAUGCCAUUGCUGUUGCUGGUGAGAGUAUAUCAGGUUAACGGCCACAUGAAAGCAAAGCUAGAUCCUUUGGGUUUGGAAGAACGUAAAACCCCCAAUGAGUUAGAUCUCGCCCUUUAUGGGUUCACCGAGGCUGAUCUUGACCGAGAAUUCUUUCUGGGGGUGUGGAAUAUGUCUGGAUUUUUGUCUGAGAAUCGUCCGGUGCAAACCCUUAGGGAGAAGAUUGAAACCCCUGCAGUCAUCCAAUUUAGUCGGGAGCGUCGCGAGGUUAUUUUUGAUAGGCUAGCUUGGAGUACACUUUUUGAAAACUUCUUGGCACCAAAUGGACUUCAGCAUAGAGGUUUGGGCUUGAAGGGGGGAGAAACUCUUAUUCCUGGAAUGAAAGAAAUGUUUGACCGGGCAUCCGAUAUUGGGGUUGAGAACAUAGUUAUGGGAAUGGCACAUAGAGGAAGAUUGAAUGUUUUGGGUAACGUAGUUCGGAAGCCACUUCGUCAGAUAUUUUGCGAGUUUAGUGGUGGUGGUUUACCCGUGGAUGAAGCCGGCCUCUACACAGGAACAGGUGAUGUUAAAUAUCACUUGGGAACUUCUUAUGAUCGGCCAACCAGAGGCGGGAGGAGACUACAUUUGGCUUUGGUGGCAAAUCCUAGUCACUUAGAAGCAGUUAAUCCACUCGUUAUUGGAAAAAUUCGAGCAAAGCAGUAUUACUCAAAUGACGCCGAAAGAAUGAAAAACAUGGGUGUUUUGAUUCAUGGAGAUGGUAGUUUUGUUGGACAAGGUGUGGAACUAUACACAUCGUGUUCAACAAUCAAGUUGGCAUUUACAACUGAUUCGAAGUCCGGAAGAUCUUCACAGUAUUCCACUGAUGUUGCCAAAGCAUUAAAUGCUCCAAUCUUUCAUGUGAAUGCUGAUGAUGUGGAAGCAGUUAUUCAUGCGUGUGAACUUGCUGCGGAAUGGCGUCAGACUUUCCAUUCAGAGGUGGUUGUUGACUUAGUAUGUUACCGUCGCUUUGGCCACAAUGAGAUUGAUGAACCUUCUUUCACACAGCCUAAAAUGUAUAAGGUCAUUCGGAACCAUCCAUCUGCACUUGAGAUUUAUCAGAAGAAACUUUUGGAGUUAGCGGAUUUAACUAAAGAAGACAUUGAUAAGAUACACAAGAAGGUCACAUCAAUUCUAAAUGAUGAGUUUUUGGCCAGCAAAGAUUAUGUUCCGGAAAGGAGAGAUUGGCUUUCAGCGUAUUGGUCUGGUUUCAAGUCACCUGAACAGCUUUCUCGUAUACGGAACACUGGGGUGAAACCGGAGAUUUUGAAACAUGUUGGGAAAGCAAUCACAGCCUUACCAGAAAAUUUCACUCCUCAUAAAGCAGUGAAGAGGAUUUAUGAACAGCGUGCCCAAAUGCUCGAAACCGGAGAAGAUAUUGACCGGGGAUUUGCAGAGGCACUUGCUUUUGCAACAUUGAUAGUGGAAGGCAACCAUGUUCGUUUAAGCGGCCAGGACGUUGAAAGAGGAACAUUUAGUCACCGUCACGCGGUAGUUCAUGAUCAAGCAACUUGGGAGAAAUAUUGCCCCCUUGACCAUGUUAUAAUGAACCAAAAUGAAGAAAUGUUCACUGUUAGCAAUAGCUCCCUUUCGGACGAUUUCGCUAAUGGUGCUCAAGUCAUAUUCGACAAUUUCUUGAGUUGUGGUGAGUCAAAGUGGCUCCGUCAGGCUGGUCUUGUUGUGUUACUUCCAAAUGGUUAUGAUGGCCAAGGCCCGGAACAUUCAAGUGCGGGAUUAGAACGCUUUCUUCAGAUGGCUGAUGAUCAUCCUUAUAUUAUUCCUGAGAUGGAUCCUACUCUUCGAAAACAAAUUCAAGAAUGUAAUUGGCAGAUUGUGAAUGUUACAACUCCGGCAAAUUUUUUCCAUAUUUUACGGCGGCAGAUACAUAGAGAAUUCCGUAAACCUCUCAUUGUAUUGUCCCCUAAGAAUCUGCUUCGCAGUAAGACGCUGAAUAUCAGACGCUUAAUACUAUGUUCUGGAAAGGUUUACUACGAACUUGAUGAUCAACGAAUAAAGGUAGAUGCAAAAGAUGAUGCAAUAUGUAGAGUGGAACAACUUUGUCCUUUCCCUUGUGAUCUUGUUCAACGUGAGCUCAAACGGUAUCCAAUGCUAGACGCGGAAGUUGUUUGGUGUCAAGAAGAACCAAUGAACAUGGGUGGAUACACUUACGUUUUACCGCGGCUUAUAACUUCGAUGAAGUCAUUAGGUAGGGGAGGUUAUAAUGAUAUCAAAUAUGUCGGCCGUGCUCCGUCUGCAGCCACAGCUACUGGUUUCCUCAAGGUUCACUACAAGGAGCAGGCCGAGCUAGUUGAGAAAGCACUUCAAAGUGAACCAAUCAACUUCCCUUACUAA